AAUACGUCAAAUGGCAGACCUUGCGGGUUUUGCUGGAUGGAACGGCCAGGUAUAAAAGCCGAGGACGGAAGACCAACAACAGCGCAGUCAGCCAGUUGGCACCCAACAAACAGCACGGAUUCAACCAUGUCUCGCAUCCUCUUGAUUGCAUUGUCCCUUGCCGUUUUCGUGGCUGUUUCCUACGGUCACGAAGGCCCAGCCGGACACACCCACCCUGAAGAUGCCGCUGUUGCUCCGCUGGAUGCGAAACCAGCUGCCGAAGCGGUUGCACUUAAACCGGCGACCGUAGCAGCAGGAGCGGCAGGAUCAGCGGAUGGACGACCCAAGCGCCAAUUUGGACUCGGCUACUUGAUCGGAUCGGCCUUGGGAGGAGGAGGCUACGGCUACGGCCGACCUUACGGAGGCUACGGAGGCUACGGCCGACCUUCCGGCUAUGGUGGGUAUGGUGGUGGAUAUGGCGGUGGAUAUGGCGGUGGAUAUGGAGGAUAUGGACAUGGGCAUCGUCCAUACCACGGGUAACACAGCUAUGGAUACGGAAGAUAAAUCGAUUGAUUUUUGACUGCCCAACUGCCGAUGUCGACCUGUCAUCAAAACUUAUACUCAUCCGAAGACGAUUAUUCCCCCCUCCCUCCCUCGCGUUACGUUUGGAUUGACAAGAUUUGACUUUUCUCUUUUGUUAUUUUCGCAUUUAACUGUUAUUCCAUCGUGUGCGUUUGUCUGUUAUUUGUUGAUUUUAAUACAUCGUACUUUCGUUUGGCUUCCAA